AUGCACGACAUUGCGCUGCUCAAUACAUUGGGCGUGAAGCUCGUGCUCGUGGCGGGCUCGCGGCCGCAAUUGAAUCGCCAGCUGUCGCUUCGGAACAUUGCAUCCACGUUUGAUUGUGGACUGCGCAUUACGGGGCGCGUGGAGCUCGAGUGCGCGCUCGAUGCAGCCGGGUCGGUGCGGUUCCAUAUUGAAAGCUACUUGGGACGAGGGAUUGUCAAUUCCCCCGGACGAACACGAACGAUUACGAUCUCGUCGGGGAACUUUAUUUCUGCACAGCCAGUGGGCGUUCGAGGCGGCGUCGACUACAAGUACACGGGAGAAAUGCGUCGACUCAAUGUCGACAAGGUGCGCGCGGCGUUGGACGACGGGGACAUUGUCCUGAUAUCCUGCAUCGCCUACAGUGCUAGUGGUGAGGUCUUCAACUGCCUGUCCGAGCAGGUGGCCAGCAAGUGUGCGAUUCAGCUCGAGAGCUCAAAGCUCAUCUAUAUGUACAAUGGAGAGGAGCUCCAGGACUCGCGGUCGAAUGCAGUGGUGCAGACACUUGCGAUUGAACAGGCACAGCAGUAUGUUGAUCUUGCACGAAAGGAUCCAAGCGUCUGCGGUGAGUUUUUGCUGUACUUGAAAGAGUCGAUCAAGGCUUGCGUGAACGGAGUCAAGCGGUCGCAUCUUGUGAGUCGACAUGUGGAUGGUGGCCUGCUGCAGGAGCUUUUCACUCGUGAUGGAGAAGGAAUCAUGAUCAGUCGGCACAUGUACGAAGGAAUUCGUAUGGCCACUACGAAUGAUAUUGUGAGCAUCAUGCGCCUCAUCCAGCCUUUGUUGGACGACGACGUACUGGUGUCGCGCGAUCAGGAACAUAUCGAAAGCAAUGUGGAUACGUUUACGGUUGUAGAGCGAGACGGUGCUAUCAUUGCUUGCUGCACACUGCAGCCGUAUGAGAAUAACUUUGCUGAGAUGGGCUGUGUAGCUGUAGACCCGGCCUACCGCAGCUUGGGUAAAGGCAAUGCUAUGCUGGGCUACGUCAUGCGCAAAGCGGCAGCCAUGGGUGUCACCAAACUGUUUGUACUGACGACCCGAACAUCGCACUGGUUUAUCGAGCGGGGGUUCGUGGAGGCCUCAGUGAAUGACUUGCCUCCGUCGAAGCUGGCCAAGAUUGAUAUCAAACGCAAGUCGAAGGUCUACAUAUGUGACAUCAGCACGAAGAGGGCUUUGGACGAGAAGGAGCUGCUUCUUCAGAUGGAUUAA